UGUAAAAAUAUCUACCAACAUCUCUCUCUCUUCAUUUUUCUUCUUCAUUGCCGGCGAUCUCUAAAGUGAGGAAAGAUGCAGGGAUUUAUGAGUGUAAGUAGUAAAGUUGGUGAUUUAGAAGAAGGAACAUUAUAUCCAGGGAUCAGUUAUGGUGAAAGUGAAUUGAGAUGGGGAUUUAUUCAGAAAGUUUAUGGAAUUCUAUCUGCUCAGAUCCUUCUUACUACUUUCAUCUCAUCUAUUACUGUUACCUAUGCUCCUCUCAAUGAACUCCUUAGAGGAAAUUCUGGAAUCUUGUUUCUCUUCGCCAUCUUGCCUUUCAUCUUGAUGGUGCCAUUGUAUAUCUAUCAACAGAAACAUCCAUUGAACUUUGUAUUCCUUGGGCUCUUUACUGCAUGUUUGAGUGUAACUGUCUCAGUUGCGUGUGCAAACACAGAUGGAAGAAUCGUACUCCAAGCACUCGUUUUGACAUCAGCUGUGGUUUGUUCGUUGACUGGAUACACUUUCUGGGCUGCUAAGAAGGGCAAGGACUUCAGCUAUCUAGGACCCAUAUUGUUUACCUGUCUCAUGGUUCUUAUCCUAACUGGAUUUAUGCAGAUGUUCUUCCCACUUGGUCCAACUUCAGUUGCCAUCUAUGGUGGUUUGAGUGCCAUGGUUUUCUCUGCCUAUAUUGUUUACGAUACAGACAACUUGAUCAAGCGUUUCACAUAUGAUGAAUACAUAUGGGCAUCAGUCGUUCUAUAUCUUGACAUCCUCAACUUGUUCCUCUCCAUCUUACGGGUCUUGAGAGGCAUGCAAUCUGAGUAGGUACCAGGUAGUUUCUUACUUCGCUGGAGCAGAGGAUAUGACUGUUCGUCUUGUAGGUAUUACAGCAGUUAUUACUACUAUGACUGAACUACUCUUGCGUUGUUGUAAGUAAUUAAGAUGACACCAAAAGCAUGCUUUACAUAUAUAAGAUAUUUUGUUUUUGUUUCAAGUGUGAAUGUUUAAGAUUUCAAGAAAAGGAACUUAAUUUUUCAUCCUAAUAUGAUGAAAUACGAUGUCUCAAAUUGACAAGUUCAAACUGUGUAUGGUCUGUCUGAGCUUUUUGGUUACAGUGACACAAAAGAACUUGGAUUAUGUUUUUUAGUCAAUAUGGGAAAUGAUGUAUCUGAAUAUCGGAAAGAAAGUAUAUAACAUUCUGGUAAAUUUGUGCGA